AUGUAUGUGAAAUGGUUUGAUACAGUAAUAUUUUACUAUGUGAUUUUAGUGUAUUUAGUGAAUGUCACUUUUUGUCGUUUCCAAAUUUCCCGCUGUUCCGUCCUCCGUACGUCCCAACAUCGCAGGGAACGGAACCCAGAUGACAGAUGCCGGCAUCCGUCGGAGGAAAUUACAGGGGACACUGCAGGAGGCACAUCACUGGAGCGCAGGACAAGGUAAGUGAAGAACAGAUUCCGGAGCAGCGCCGCAUGGUAAGCCCGAGUGUAGCUCGGGGUUACCGCUUGUGCUACACUCGGGAAUACCGCCAGGGAGGUUAAGUU